AUGAACUCCUUCUCCAACAGCAAAAAACGAAGGGUUUCUAAAGCCUGUAACUUCUGCCGCUCAAGAAAGAUCAAGUGUGACGGCUUGUUCCCUUGCAAAAGCUGCUCCCAUUUCAAGGUCACUUGUGAAUAUAUCGAACAGGAAAGAUCCAAGAAAUAUGUCUCAAAAUACGAUAUACUAGAGAAAAAACUAGAUAAUAUUACUUCUGUCCUUCAAGUCUUGCUCAAAUCCUCUGCUGUUUCUAACAAUAUAAGGAAAUCCUUGGAAAACUUAUUGGGCAGUUUUCCCAGCGACAAUGACUGCGAUUUGAGUAAUGAUGAUGAUUUCAAAUUGAUUCACUCGAAGAGCUCCAUUAUCGAUUCUUCUUCUACUGAGGAUUUUCCCUCAAACGCUCCAAAUAAACAAGAAAUCGACCAAAAGUGCUUGGAUAACAUAUCUGGCAUCUCCAAUGAUACUUUAAGCUUUCAAAACACAAUUCCUUAUCAUUGUACCUACUCUAUUUUUUCCAAUAGAGGCUUGGAUUGGUUGCAAGAAAAAUUAAACCCUCUAGAUAUUGAUUCCUAUCUCGAAAUCUCUGCCAGUUUGCAGGAUCUAUCUGCUGAUAUCCGUAAACUCAACUUGGUUGAAUCAAAACUCUGGAUAGAAUCUUGUACCAAAAAUAACGUUGUUCCCAUUCCUAGAAUUGAAAUUGUAAAGCUAUUUCUUGAUUUAAACUCACUUUUAAAAGGUCCUGUUCUUCUAUUUUCCAAUCAAGAAUUUGCUGAAAUCUUUGAACAUUACUUUUUAUUUAUAAAUAAAAAUCAAAAUGAAAAACUAAGUUACUCAGAUUUUCUAAUAAUGAACGUCAUCAUUGCCUUUGGUGCCUCAAUUGGCCUUCAAUUAAUUCAUUCUAAAAACAGGUCUCAUAUUGUUACCGAUUUACUAAAAAAAUAUAAAUUGAAUUUAACUGAAGCUCAUUUUAAAGAAUUGAUGGACACCCAUUAUAUGAACUCCAUUUAUUUUUUUCAAAAAAUUUCAAUUAUUGGCGACGGUCUAAAAGCCAUUAAAGGUAUUAUUUUCCUCUAUUUUUAUGACACUCUCUCUACUUAUGGUGCAAAUCAUUUAUUACUAUCAACUGCCAUUAGAUUAGCUCUACAACUAUCUCUACACAGAAAGGAAUCUUAUGAUGGUUUGAGUCCCAGGCACAUUAUUGAAAAAAAAAGAAUUUGGUUCAUCUUAUAUUAUCUUGACAAUUGUAUGAGAAUGGGAAAACCCCAAAUUAUAAAUGAUGUUGAUGUCAGUUCAAUGGACGAAAACCACCUCAAGUAUUUUGCAUUGCUUGGUUCUGACCCUACAAUAAAUAUUAAAUCAAUUAAAUUGGUGUUAGGUAUUAUAGGAAACAUGUCAAAUGAAAAACUAAAAGAGAGUCUUGAUAAAAUCGCCAGAAGAGAUGACACCGGCUUGGCAACUGUACUUUCUUUUUAUCGUAUAAAACUCUCUAAAAUUUGUUCAAAAACAUAUACAACUUUGUUUUCUGCAAAUGCAUUAAAGGGAAAAUCCUUAAUGGAUAUUGUUCGUUCCAUCGAUGAUUUAAAUACUGGUUUAAAUAAUUGGCAGGAUUCAUUACUUGAUAUCUUUAAAAAAGACAUUGUCUUGGGUAGUGAUGAUUACAACACUGAAAAUGAUCCUUUAGCUCCAUAUGGUGAUGAUAGUGCUGAAUAUUUGUUUGACGAAAAGUACUACAAUGUAAUUGAGCUAAAAUUUGCCUAUUAUUAUCAUUCAUUAGUUAUUAAUAGAAUGGCUUUUCAAAUUCCUAAUGGGAUAGGUCUAAAGACAAAAUUGCAACCAAACCCUGAACAACAGUCUAAAUUAACUGAAAAAAUACAACAUCAAUGCUUGCUAAGAUACUUAAAUGCUGCUAGAGAAAUGAUUAAACUUACAAGAAAAGUUUUUAUCAUCGAUAGAGAUGCGUUUUCUCAAACUAUCAACUGGUUGUUUUUCUAUCCCAGCGUUGCUUUUAUUACUCUAUUUAGCUACAUUAUCCAAUUUCCUAAAGCUGCAACUAUUAAAGAUGAUAUACUAUUAAUGAUACAAUGUUGUUUUGAUUACAUGAAUUGUUUUGGUUUUAAAAAAAGGCAUGAAUUAGAAGAAAAUCAUGCCAUCCUAAAAACAGUAAUUAAAAAAAUGGUUACAAUUGCAGUUAAAGCCUAUAAUAACAAUAACUCCUCUAACGAUGUUGAUGAGCUUUUCAACCAAACAGUUAGAUUAUAUUUUCAAAAAGAAAAUGAAUUUUCUGAAUUUACUGCUAACUUGUAUGCUACUAACUCUCGACCUCAAAAUACACAUUGUGAGUUCUAUGAGAAAGGCAUACAUAAAUUUUUGAGUGGUCAAUCAAUUAUUACUAGAAACAUGAUAGAUAAACCGUUGAACAAUCUCCAAAAUGAGCAGACUGGUAAUAAACAAAUCAAUAAUAAUCCAAUUAAUAAUCCAAUUAAUAAUCCAAUCAAUAAUCCAAUCAAUAAUCCAAUCAAUAAUCCAAUAAAUAAUUCAAUCAACAAUCCAGUUGAUCAACAAUUCAAUAUUGACGGAAACAAUGGACUGCAUGACUCAUUUCUCACAACAAUCAAUAGUGCCAGUGUUGAACAACAACUGUUUCUCAACCUGUUUGAUUAUACUUUAAAUUAUCCUAAAUCUACACAACUUCCACCAGUUUCAACCAUAUUAAAUGGAAAUCCUUUUGACCUGGACCAAGCAUUGGGUUUUAACAUUGAUGAUUUUUUAUUUGAAAACAUGGAAAGACCACCUGCAAACAACUUGUUUGAUGUAAUGUUUAAUAUACCUGAUUUUCCUGCUGAUGAUUAA